AAAGUAAGAAAAUUGAAAGAAAAAGACCAUGGGAGAUGCAGCCAAGCCUUUCUUUGUCAAGCGUGGUAAAGACCGGGGGAGUAUAGAUGAUGAGGAUUUCAGAAGGGGUCAUCCCCAACAAGAUUAUAUAAUAAUGGAUGAUUAUGGCAAAGGCCAUAGCAAUAAAGUAGAAAAAGGCCUUCCCAGAAAAAAAGUGAUGCCAGGUAACUAUGGGAAUGCCCCAAGGAAAGGACCAUAUGCUGUUUCCAGCAAUCCCUAUGCAUUUAAAAACCCGAUUUAUAGUCCACCUGCUUGGAUAAAUGACAACCACAAAGAGCAGAGUAAGAGAUGGGUAUCUGAUGAACUCACUGGCAAUUCAGAUCAUUGGAGAGAACUUAAAACUGGGCCUAGAAUUCCUGUUACAAACAGACCAAGAAAAGACUCUUUUCAAGAAACUGAAGAUGGUUAUAGGUGGCAAGAUGGAAGAGGCUACCGGAGACGGCUGUUCCAUAAAGACCUAACAAUCCUGGAAACAAUGGCAGAAGCAGAAGCAGGAAGCCCUGAAAAUAAGAAGCAGAGGGCCAGACCUAGGAAGCCACGAAGGACUAGAAAUGACGAGAAUGAACAGGACGGAGACUUAGAAGGCCCUGUGAUUGAUGAAUCUGUACUGUCAACAAAGGAGCUACUAGGCUUACAACAGGCUGAGGAGAGAUUAAAGAGAGACCGUAUUGUGAGACUAAGGAGGCGACUUCGAAACUACCCAACAGCCAAAUACAUCUGCAAACUUUGUGAUGUUUUCAUUGACUCUGUUGCAUUUGCCCAUAAACAUAUCAAAGAGAAAAGGCACAAGAAAAAUAUGAAGGAAAAACAAGAGGAAGAAUUACUCACGACGUUACCCCCACCAACACUCUCCCAGAUAAAUGCAAUUGGUAAUGCCAUUGACAAAGUGGUACAGGAGUUUGGUUUACGCAAUGAGAACUUGGAGCAAAGACUAGAAAUUAAACGUAUCAUGGAAAUUGUAUUUCAGCACAAGUUAUCAGAUUGCUCUUUGAGAUUAUACGGAUCAUCCUGUAGCAGAUUAGGGUUCAGAACCUCUGAUGUAAACAUUGACAUUCAGUUUCCAGCCAUUAUGUCUCAGCCAGAUGUACUCUUACUUGUGCAAGAAUGUUUAAAGAACAGUGAUUAUUUUACUGAUGUUGAUGCAGAUUUUCAUGCCAGGGUACCAGUAGUGGUAUGCAGAGAAAAACAAAGUGGUCUUCUUUGUAAAGUGAGUGCAGGAAAUGAAAAUGCUUGUCUGACAACAAAUCAUUUGACUUCCCUUGGAAAAUUAGAAUCGAAGUUGGUUCCUUUGGUGAUUGCAUUCAGAUAUUGGGCAAAGCUUUGCAGUAUAGAUCGUCCUGAAGAAGGAGGUUUGCCACCUUAUGUGUUUGCUUUGAUGGUCAUUUUCUUUCUUCAACAAAGGAAAGAACCUCUUUUGCCAGUUUAUCUAGGAUCAUGGAUUGAAGGAUACUCCUUAAACAGACUAGGGAAUUUCAAUCUUAAAGACAUUCAGAAAGAUGCUGUGAUCUGGGAAUACACUGAUAAUGUAGCAACGGAUGUAGACAAAGCUAAAGAAGGAGCAUCAAAAGAAAUUCCUGUCAAAAGGGGACAGGUAUCAUUAGUAUUUGACUUAAAGCACCAGCCAUCAGUACCAGUUGGGCAGCUCUGGGUGGAAUUGCUUCGAUUCUAUGCAUUAGAAUUUAAUUUGGCUGAUUUAGUGAUAAGUAUCCGAGUUAAAGAAUCAGUGUCUCGUGAAUCAAAGGAUUGGCCCAAAAAGCGAAUUGCCAUUGAAGAUCCCUACUCUGUUAAAAGAAAUGUGGCAAGGACCCUAAAUAAUCAACCUGUAUUUGAAUAUAUACUUCAUUGUUUAAGGACAACAUAUAAGUAUUUUGCUCUACCACACAGAAUUACAAAAUCCAGCCUUGCAAAGCCUCUAAAUACUGUCAAAUGUAUUCCCAAGCAUUGUAAAGAAGUAGCAGUGCAUGAUCCAGAUGUUGAAAUAAAAGGUGGUAAACUAAAAAACUCAGUUUUGGCUCAAGGAAUUGGUGCAGCCCCUUCAGCUGCAGAUCCCUACAAGGUUCAGCCCCUUGACAGUAAAGAGAUGACUGGAAGCCUGCCAGCAGAUGAAGUAGGAAACCUGUAUCUUGAUGUCCAGCUUGGAAGUCCAGGCUCUGUCAAGACAGAAGUCAGCUGUGGUGAUUAUCAGGAUGUUGCAGAGUACCACAAAGAAACUGAAGAUAAAAAUGGGAAAGAGAAGACUGCAAGGGAAGGCACACAUCUUAUUACUGUCUAUGAUCUAGUUUAUGGCAAGCAGAGAGAUCAUGUUAUCUGUGACAGCACACAGAAUGAUUUAGAUGUCUGCCAAAAUCCUACAGCUAAAGAAAGUGAAGGGUUUGCUAGCAUGAAUGAGCAGGUUGAUGCUAAAGAAAGGAUAGAAGGUACUAAAGAACUGAAAGGUAUUCUAAGUCACUUUGCCUCUUCUAAUCAGAGCCACACAUCAGGAAUCAUUGACUCUGAGGAAGAGGAAGAGGAGGAGGGUGAAGAACUCGGGCUCACUACUACCCACAGGGAAGAUAAAGACAACAUUGCUAAUGAAGAUGAGUUAAACAAUACUUAUGUUGGAUCAGGGGAUGAGGAUGCCCUGUCUGAAGAAGGUGAAUUAGGUGGGCCCGCUGGGUAUGAAGACUUGAAAGAAUGUGAAACACACAUAGAUGGAGCUCUCCUGACAGAAUUGAAUAAGAUCAGUCUUCAAGAUAAAGGCAUAUGUGAGGAAAAUGCACCUGUGGAUCAGUCUGAUUUCUUCUAUGAAUUUAGUAAACUCUCCUUCACCAAAGGCAAGACUCCUACAGUAGUAUGCAGUUUAUGUAAACGAGAAGGUCAUCUAAAGAAGGACUGUCCUGAGGACUUCAAAAGAAUCCAGCUGGAACCUUUGCCACCAUUAACACCCAAAUUUUCAUAUAUCUUAGAUCAAGUUUGCAUGCAGUGUUAUAAGGAUUUUUCUCCAACUGUUUCAGAAGAUCAGGCGCGUGAACAUAUUCGACAAAACCUAGAAAGUUUCAUAAGACUGGAGUUCCCAGGAACUAAGUUGAGCUUGUUUGGCUCCUCAAAAAAUGGAUUCGGAUUCAAACAGAGUGACCUGGAUGUCUGUAUGACUAUUAAUGGACAUGAAACUGCUGAGGGGUUGGACUGUGUAAAAACUAUUGAAGAAUUGGCAAGAGUUCUCAGAAAACAUUCAGGACUGAGGAACAUUUUGCCUAUUACAACAGCAAAGGUGCCAAUUGUAAAGUUCUUCCAUUUGAGAAGUGGUUUAGAAGUGGACAUCAGUUUGUACAAUACAUUGGCUCUUCAUAAUACAAGACUUUUAUUUGCUUAUUCAGCUAUUGAUCCCAGAGUGAAAUAUUUGUGCUAUACAAUGAAAGUAUUCACAAAGAUGUGUGAUAUUGGUGAUGCAUCUAGGGGCAGCUUGUCGUCAUAUGCGUACACACUUAUGGUACUAUAUUUCCUCCAACAGCGGCACCCACCAGUCAUCCCUGUCCUUCAAGAGAUAUACAAAGGUGAAAAGAAACCUGAAAUAUUUGUUGAUGGCUGGAAUAUUUAUUUUUUUGAUCAAAUAGAUGAACUGCCCACCUAUUGGCCAGAAUAUGGAAAAAAUACAGAAUCUGUUGGUCAGCUAUGGUUGGGACUUCUUCGUUUCUACACAGAGGAUUUUGAUUUUAAAGAACAUGUUAUUAGCAUCAGAAGAAAAAAUCUGCUUACAACAUUUAAGAAACAGUGGACUUCAAAAUACAUUGUUAUUGAAGAUCCGUUUGAUUUGAAUCAUAAUCUUGGAGCUGGAUUAUCAAGGAAAAUGACAAAUUUUAUAAUGAAAGCAUUUAUUAAUGGUAGAAGAGUAUUUGGUAUUCCAGUGAAAGGAUUCCCAAGGGACUGCCCCUCAAAAAUGGAGUACUUUUUUGAUCCUGAUGUGCUUACUGAAGGAGAGCUAGCCCCAAAUGAUAGAUGUUGUCGAAUCUGUGGGAAAAUUGGACACUUCAUGAAGGAUUGUCCUAUGAGGAAAAGAGUGAGACGAAGGAGAGAUCAGGAAGAUACCCAGAACCAAAGAUACCCUGAGAACAAAGAGAAAAGAAGCAAGGAGGACAAAGAGAUGCAAAAUAAGUUCACAGAGAGGGAGGUAUCAGCAAGAGAAGAUAAGUCUGGCCAGUGCACCCCACAGAAAGCCAGACCAACCAGGGCAGUUGUUGAUGUGGGGAGAGAGAAAAUCCUCAGGCCACCAAUAGAAAAAUGGAAAAGACAGGAAGACAAAGACUUAAGAGAAAAACGUUGUUUUAUUUGUGGAAAAGAAGGGCACAUUAAAAAGGAAUGCCCCCAGUUUAAAGGCUCUCCAGGUAUGUCUAAGUCACAUUGUAUAUUGGGAUUUCCUUCUUCACCUAGCCCUUUGAGACCAGCUGCCUCACUUACUCAGGCAGUGCAUUUACAUGAAGACAAAAAGAAACAAAAAACAACUAUAUUUUUGAGUCCCCAGUCAGGUAGCCUUUCCAGUAAAUAUAUGACUCAGGGAAAAGCCUCAUCGCAGAGGACCCAGCAGGAAUCAUGAGGGGAGGAAAACACAUCAUUCUAAAAGGCCAUUCAGGCAUUCUUAUUCACUUGGAAAUUAGGUUCAUUUCACAGAACACAAUAGCAUAGAUCAAUUAACUUUAAAGCUUUUUAACUUAAUGAAAUAGAUUGAGAAAAUUUUUAAUUUAG